CAGACCCAGACGCGGCUCCCAAUUCAAAGUUAGCAAUUGGAAGUUAAGCCAUCAUCAGCCUUGCUGUCGCAUCAGACAGAGCUAUUUGCGCCAAGCCUGACACUGAUCGCUGCACUCUACUUCAAACAAGCAUUGAGAGAUACGGAAAGAAUUGGACUUGAUGAUAUCCAUAUCUGCUUAAUACAGCAACCUCUUGUUUCUUCACAAUGUCCACCAUGGGAGACCCUAGCCAUGGAAUCAAUCGCGAUCUGCUGCCCCAUGUGCACCUGCUCUCGACCUUCAGGUACACGCAGAAACCCCGAGUCGAGAUCCCCGAGGUAACACACAUGUUGAUGAACGCGCCGUCCAUCGCACGCGACAAGGCCCCUUUCUUCUGGACGUACCUCGACAGACCCGAGAAUGGCACCACCAUGCUUACAUGGCAGCCGCUGCAACUGCAGGGUACUCACUUCGCCAGCGACGGCUACAUCUGGCCGCCGACGGAGCAGUACUUCACACAGGACAUUGGAAAUGGCAUUAUACUCGAGAUGUAUUACCACAAGACUGGCUACAUCUACGGCGAGCCGAUAGCCACGCAUUCGCGUCGUCGUUUCCGCCUGUGCCCCAGCAAUGCACACAACCCCAACGCGCCCCAGGUUGACCCAAGCCUGUGGGUUGUCCACUAUGGGCCCAUCGACAACAACGAGCGUAUUCCGGUUCAGAUGAUCCCGCGCGACCCACGUACACAGAACAUCCUCGAGGCAAGAGCCUACCUGCAGAGAAAUGGCCAAAUCCAGCGGAAAGAAUUUAUUUUGUCGGACCGCGUGAACUGGCCGCAGAUCGGAUGGCCCAAGGAGAUGCCCCGGCAGGCCAUGUAUCCCGCCAACAGAGGCGUGCCGCAAGCCAUGGCAUACCCUGCGCAUCCCCAGGCGGGCGCCCCGCCAUCGAAGCGUGCUAGAACCGGGCAAGCCGGGAACCAAGGCCCCAUGGGUGUGACUCCAGAGGCCGCAUAUGCUGAUGAUGACGAGGAUUACUCGCGCGGAGACCUCUUUGACCACCUCACUCCCCGCGAGAUCAGUCUGCACCGCUAUCAACAGAACCAUGAGUGGAUGGAAGAGAUUCUGUCAUCGCCAUAUCGGAUGGGCCAGAUUGGUUUCGCAAACCUAGGGCUCGGGCUUAAGGGGGAGCUGGCCGGCUUGACUGAUGGCAUAUUCGAAGGGCAGGGUGUUGAUGCUAUCAGCAAGCCGGUAGAGAAGGGCGAGAGCCACUUGGAGAAAGACAAGGCCGAGGAAUUCAGGAAGCGCGUCAAUGCGCAGAUCGACUCCACUAAUGCUGAGAUCGCAAAGAUGAAAGCAGAGCACGAGAAAAAGAUGGCCAAGCUCAAGAAGAACUCUCUUCUGACCACAGCAGAGAAGGAUCUCCGUGCCGCUGUUGAUGAUGUCGCCACCGGACCCCUCAGCCUGGAACGCAAACCUGAAGAGAACGAGGAUGGUUCUCCUCGCUGGACCGCCAAGCAUAGCAAGAAGGUCGACGAUAUUGUGUCGCAGGUCGAAGCUCAGCUAGGGCGCCGCGCAGAGGUCAUCUAUGAUCUUAGGAGGAUCCAAGAUGGCGGCUACCAAGAGCCUGCUCCUGAGCCCGUUCCCGAGCCUUCAGCUGGUGCCGACUCCGAGGAUGUUGACAUGGGCGGUACGGCGGGCGGAUUGCUCGACCAAAUGCAAACCGGCUUAUCCUCCACCUCGACGCCGGGCAACAACUUCACAACUCCCCAGGGGUUCUCUGCUGUCCCGUCCGGCUCGGAAACGCCUGCAAAUGCAAGCGUACCUACUCCUCCCCCUCCUGCCACAGCUGCUCAGCCGUCGCCUCCCAAGCAGCAAGACGUUGACAUGAGCGGCACUGAGGCCGGUGCCUCUAAUACUGCACCGGACCAAGACACCGGCAGCGGCGAUUGGGUAGUUGUCCCCAAGGGCGGUGUAUCGCCAAGCGCAGCGCCUCCCAUGCCCGGGAACGACCAGACUGCCGCGCCGCCCAGACCACCCUCACAGCCCGCAAGUAAGCAGGCCUCGGCUGCUGGGACGCCGACAGUCGCUUCCAUGGGCUACGAUGCAAAUGACUUCGGCUCCCUGGGCGAUCUAGACACGGCUGGCGAUGCUCUGGCCAGCUUCUCCGACACUCCCGCAGAUCUCAGCGGUGACUUCAUGGAAGACUCGGCCUUUGGCGAUGCUUUCCAUGGCGUCGACGAGAGCGGCGGCGCAGAUGACAACGGGAACACCCCAGCUGCUGAGGCGAACAUGUAAGGCGACCUCGCCGACUACGCUAGACUUGUCGCAUAGUUGAACGAAACAGGAGAGUGGUUCUCAAGGCGUUUUGGGGGUUGUUAGCCCUUGAGGAGCUAGGUAGAUGUUUUCGGUUCGCUAUCGGCCGACUUUGGGUGUAAAAAAAUAUGUUAUUGAAUUCAGUAUUUGAGCUGUAUACUAGCAGCGUUCACUGGUAAGAACAAAGAAUGUUAUCUGUCGCCUCGUCGACCAUGAACUAUCGAAACGGUGCAAUUUUAGCUGAUAAGACUGCUACGGCAUUGCUCUGUAGGUGGUGAAUGCUCCAUUAUGCGAAUAGACUCCCUCUACUUGGAGUUCUUACCCAGUACCAUACGUGGUAUUUGUCGGUGUUAGUUGCCGGCUGGUGUUACGAUCUCACUCAUUAAACAUGCACACAAAUUCUUUGUGCUCUUCAUGACCAUUUCA